CCGGCGCUCUGCUGGCGGCGGGGCCGGGGGAUGCCGGGGGGGGGGGGGGGCGGAGAGGGCGGGCAGGGGGCUGAGCCGAGGCUCGGAGACCCCCGGGGCCCCCAGGUGAGCGGCGGGGCCGGGGUCCCGCAGUGAGCCCUCUUUCCCCCGCCGCAGCAGCCGUGCCCCUCUCCGAUGUCCCAGGCCAGCAAUCACCGACCGAGCCGCCCGGAGCCCCCCCGAGCCGAGCCGGUCCCGCCGACAGAAGCGGGCGAGACCUCGCGCCCUUCGCCGAGGCAGACGCCAGCGGCACCGUCGGCAGAGCCCCGGCCGCCCGCCCGCCCCGCUGCCGGCCCCGCGCCGCCGAAGAAGGAGAAACCCCUGGAAGAUGACGAGUCCCGAAAAGUCCUGACGAAGGGCUCCCGGGCCGAGCUCGCAGGCGCUCCCGAAGCUGUGACAUGCCAGCCCCAGGUGCGAGCAGCCCCACAGCCCCCCGGUCCCUGCACCCACCUGCUGCAGAACGGUGCUGGGCGGGGGCCGGAUCCAGGCGGUGCCAACGGGGAGGCAGGGAACGGGGUCUUCCGCCCCCUCCCCAGCACCCAGAAGCCUCACCGAAAGCUGCAGUCGCACCACUCCAUCAACAGCCAGAGCAGCAAGAAGAGCAAGGGCAGCUCCAAGUCGGCCUCUUCCCACAUCCCUAUUGAGGCGCAAGAAGACUGCUGCGUCCACUGCAUCCUCUCCUGCCUCUUCUGCGAGUUCCUGACCCUCUGCAACAUCGUGCUGGACUGUGCCACUUGCGGCUCCUGCACCUCCGAGGACUCCUGCAUCUGCUGCUGCUGCUGCAACUCGGGCGAGUGCGCAGACUGCGACCUGCCCUGCGACAUGGACUGCGGCAUCAUUGACGCCUGCUGCGAGUCCGCCGACUGCCUGGAGAUCUGCAUGGAGUGCUGCGGGCUCUGCUUCUCCUCCUGAGGGGCCGCACUCGGUAGGGGGGGACCAGGAGUGGGUCCCCCCCCAGGCUCUCCAGCAGCGCCCGAGGCUCCAGCUGCUCCCUGAGCCGGUGUGAAAUGCCAAAAGACGGAGCCCGGUGAAGGAGGAGAGCAAUAUUCCCCCAUUGCAAACCUCAUCCUCGGAGCCGGUGAGCCGGGCUCGGAUCCUGCCUGGGGAAGGGUGAAGCUGUAGGGGCUCCGGGGACGGCCGGCAUCCCGUCACGCUCUACCUCUUCCCCGCACCGGGCCAGUUCGCCGAGGAUUGCGGGAGCCUCCUGCCACCUGAGCCGAGAGCAGGAGCACCCACCCCGCGUCCCACAGAGCCCGCAGGUGCCACCGCAGGGUCCCAGCGUUGGGGACAGCCUGUCCUGCUGCCACCGCCCGGGGCUGCCCCAGGACGGUGCUCCGGGUGCGUUGCUCUGGUUUACACGGGGAUGGCACGGAGCAUCCUUCCCCAACAAGGACACCUCCAAGGCUGGGCGCAGUACAGAGCCUUGCUCCCCGCCGGGAGCCCACCGGGCACCGGGAGAUGCCGAAGCCUUUAGCCGGGCUGCGGGGUCCCUCGCUGUGGGACGCAUCCUGCCAGCCCCCACGGUGCUGAGAUCGGCAGCCAAGUGCAAUACACACAGCCUGCUCCCCUCCCUGUUUGGCUGGCCGGGAAGGAGCUUUUCCUUCACCGGUCCCUGCAGUGGGGUUGCAGCCGGGGGCCAGGGCAGCUGGGGAGAGCCCGGAGCCGGACCAAGCUGUUACCGACCCCCGUGCGUCCCAGGGGAUGGUGGGGCUGGGUGGGUUGGUUGGUGCCAAAUGACCCCCAGCAGUUGUUGGCCCCGUCCCACCACUCUGGGGACAGGGCUCGUGGCUGGGUGAGGGUGGAAAACGCCCCGUUGAAGGGCUUGGGGAGACCGGGAGGGAAGUGUCACGGUAUUUUAUUUUUUUUGUCCCUUUUGUUUGUUACUGUAAAUAAAGGUCUUUCUUCA